AUGAGUGGAUUUUUUCGACGUUUAAAAAAUACAUUCAAAAGAAACCGUCCAUCAUCUAAUUCAAUUGAGAAUGUCGAUGAUGAAAACAUAGAAAAUACUAACACAGGGUUACCUUAUCGUCAAAAUGAAGAUCUAAAUGAUAGUAAUGAUGAAAUCGGAAGCGUAACCUAUAAUAAUCGACCAUUACAAACAAAUUUUAGACGACCACAAAGAGAAGUAAUAUCAGCAGAUGAAUAUUCUUCAACAUCUUCAUUGAAUGUUCGAAAUUCUGAAUUGAGAAAGGAAUCAAAUGAUUUUCAAUCGGAUUCAUCACGUAAUAAUAAGAUGAAUAGGAAUGUAAAUCCUUCAGUAAAUAAUAAUGAUAUUUCAAUUACAAAUCCUACUACACAAGAACGUUUACCAUUACAAUCUCAAUCUGAAGAUCGUGCUUCUCGUCAACCACAAAAUAUAACGCCACAGUUACCUACUAAUAAUCUUUCUCCUCAACAAUUACCAAUGCCUUCAACAAAUCAAAUUCUUCAAUCACGUAUGCGUAAUCAUUUUUUGGCUGGUAUAAAUCGAAAUCGACGACCAAUUGAAAUCAGUCGUAAUUCAACACUUGUCGAUUUUCCUCGAGGUUUAAAUCCACGUUUAAAUCAACGAUUACAAAAUUCAUCAAAUGGUUUUAAUAGACCUUUCUUGUCUAAUCGACUAAAUCGAUCAUCUUUUGUACCUCGUUUAGUACCAUUUCAAUCACAAAAUAAGAUUUUCAAUUAUGCAAUUGAUUAUCCAAUUGAAAAUGUUUUAAUCGAUGAAAAUAUUCCUUCAUCAAUGGCUAUUAAAAUAAACGAAGCUAUCGACUAUGAUCGUUUUGGUAAUGCUUAUUAUAAUCAUCAUUAUGCAUACGAACCAACAGUUCAACAUAUGAAUUUUGAUAAUAAUCAACAAAUUGAUCGUCAUGUUAUCAGAAAUUCUCAUCCUAAAGGUAUGAGAUAUAUACGUGAAAUUAAGAACGACCCUUCUUUUAGUCAAGGGAAUUACGAUUGUUAUCCACGAAAAACAAAUGAUCAAAUUAUUCAAACAAAACAUUUAAACAAUCUACAAUUAAUGAUUGAUAAUAUACCUGAAGUAAAUUAUCAAAUAAUAUCAUCUCAAAAUAAUUUUAACUGUUAUCCAAUACCUAUAAAUCAUUUUACAGCAUGUGCUCUAUCUUAUGAUCCAAUGCAAAUAGAAUAA